AUGAAACAAGCUCCGAACAAGAUGAAAACCUCUCACAUGAACCAUCUUCAAAAGUUAAGUGGUGGUUUACCUUAUGCCCGGUUAAUCACUAAAAUUCUGCAACAUUGUGAUAUUGAUCUGAAAAGAGAACCUAGGGAGGACAUGGAUGUGAAGGAUUGUGAGAUUAAUGACAAAACUGCAUUAAGGUAUAUCGGUAUUGUAUUGGACCGAGAUGGGAAAUUUCAGUUUCAGACUGCUUAUCGUCCUCUUCCAAUUCCGGUUGGCGGAUAUUCUCAUGAAAUAACUUACAACAAAAUUUGCUCCGUUGAAUCAACUAUGAUGCGUCAUCACCAAGAGAACAAAUUUGAAUUCUCACCUCUUUAA